AUGUCUUCGGAAAUAGAUGACAUUUCAUUAUUUACAUCAGCACAAACAAACUUAUAUAAAUACGGUGGACCAAUUUUAAUGAUUCUGGGUACUAUAAGUUGUGUACUUAGUUUGAUUGUUUUUACAAAAAAAAUUCUACGAAAAAAUCCAUGCGCAAUAUAUUUGGUGGCAUAUAAUAUUGGUAAUCUUCUACAAAUUUAUACAACUGUGUUAUUAGGGAUACUAUCAAAUGGUUAUAAUAUUGAUCUUACUUUAUAUAGUCUAAGUUUCUGUCAUUUUCAUUUUUAUACCCUGCUUUUGUCAGCUGUUUUAAGUCCAUCUUAUUUAAUAUUAGCAUCAAUUGAUCGAAUAUUAAUCACUUCAUCAAAUGCUCUAACAAGACAACGAAGUACUUUACGUCUAACUUAUAUAUGCAUCAUAGGUGUAACAUUAUUUUGGUUAUUAUUUCAUAUUCAUGCAUUAUUUCUGACCCAUAAUAUCGAACCAGCACCAAAUGUUAUCAUUUGCUCUUUCCAGCCUGGACUCUAUGCAUCAUUUAUGAAUUAUUAUAUAAUUUUAAUUCAAGACAUUCUAGUUCCUUUAUCGAUGAUUAUUUUGGGAGCAUGGACUGUGAGAAAUCUUCGGAAAAGACAUCAGGUCAAUUUUGCUACUGCCACUACAGCUGUUACUGCUGUCACCACAGCUGCUGUUACUGCACGUCCUACUCAUUCAAAGAAUAAUCAACUUAUUCAAAUUUUAAUUAUUGAUAUUAGUAUAUAUAUCAUAUUCAGUGCAAUGAUGCCACCUGCUCUUAUAUAUAUACAGAUACUUCAAAGUCGAUCAUCUAGUCUUGCUGAAAUUCAACUCGGAAUCUUACUUAUGAAUUUUGCUCUGUUUAGUUCUUAUAUCCCCUAUUGUGUUGGCUUCUAUACCAAUUUUAUCAUGUCGAGGAAAUUUCGAUCUGAAAUCAAAAAGAUUAUCUGGCGUUAA